CAUCAGAACCGGAAAUCAGGUGCGGACCGACGGUGACCCUGCAGCUGGGUCCGACCGUGUCCCGGAGCGGCAUCAUGGUGUUCGAGUCUCUGGUCAGCGACCUGCUCAACAGGUUCAUCGGGGACUACGUGGAGAACCUGGACAAGUCCCAGCUGAAGAUCGGGAUCUGGGGAGGGAAUGUGGUCCUGGAGAACCUGAGGGUGAAGGAGAAUGCUCUGAGUGAGUUUGAUGUCCCGUUCAGAGUGAAGGCCGGACAGAUCGGCAAACUGACUCUGAAGAUUCCCUGGAAGAAUCUGUACAACGACGCUGUGGUUGCCACGCUGGACGGCCUCUACCUGCUGGUCGUCCCCGGAGCCACGAUAAAAUACGAUGCAGCAAAGGAGGAGCGAUACCAGCAGGAGGCCAAGCAGAGAGAGCUGCAGCGCAUCGAGGAGGCGCUCCAGACGGCUGCACAGCGAGCAUCUCAAACUGGAGAUUUGCUGUUCAGCCUGGAGAGUGUUGUUUACAAGGAUCCUCACAACGUCCCAAAAGGACAAAAAAAACAUAAAAAGACUAAAAAAGGCUUGAAGAAGCUGAAACGACACGACAACAAAGCAGGAAAGCCUCCGGAGGAGAAGAAGGACACGUUUGCGGAGAAACUGGCGACACAGGUGAUCAAGAACCUGCAGGUGAAGAUCAGCAGCAUCCACCUGCGCUACGAGGACGACCUCUCCGAUCCACAGCGCCCCCUGUCCAUGGGGGUCACCCUGUCAGAGCUGAGCCUGCAGACGACUGAUGAAAACUGGAAGUCCUGCAUCCUGAACGAAGCAGCAAAGAUCAUCUACAAACUCGGCCGUCUGGAGUGUCUCUGUGCCUACUGGAACGUCAACAGUCCAAUCUUUUACAAAGGAUCAAGAGAAAACAUCGUAGAUCAGUUGAAGUGUGGGAUCAGCAGUAAAGACCAGGAGCUUCCUGACUAUCAGUACAUCUUCAGGCCGAUCUUUGCUUCGGCCAAAAUGUGCAUCAACCCGACCGCCGAGCUCGAACUGAAGACGCCGAAGGUGAACCUUCACCUGGAGGUCCAGAACAUCGGCAUCGAGAUGACCAAACCACAGUACGUGACCAUGGUGGAGCUGCUGGAGUCUGUGGACUGCAUGGUGAAGAACGCUCCUUACAGGAAGUUUCGGCCAGACGCACCUGUCCACAAGAACGCCAAACUCUGGUGGCUGUAUGGCUUCAACAGCAUCCUUCAGGUCCACAUCAGACGGGUCAGUCACAUGUGGUCCUGGUCCAACAUCAGCCAGCACCGACACAACCUGAAGAACUACAAGACCGCCUACAAGAACAAACUGCUGAGUCAGAACAAGUCGAGCCCAGACACGGAGCGGCUCAUCCAGGAUCUGGAGAAAGUUCUGGAUGUGUUCAACAUCACUCUGGCCCGGCAGCAGGCCCACAUGGAGGUGAUCCGUUCGGGACAGAAGCUGGCAGGGAAGAAGAGCGUGGCGCAGAAACAGGGAGGAGGAUUCUUCAGCAGCUUCUUUGGAAGAAAGACCAAGAAGGAGGAGCAGGAGCCGGAGGAGAGCCAGGAGACGGAGAGUUCGGGGUUGGACGAGAUCAUGACGGCAUCAGAGAAAGAGAAACUGUACACCGCCAUUGGUUACAGCGGCAGCUCCCACAACCUGGCCCUGCCCAAACAGUACGUGGCUGUGGUUGUUACCUUCCAGCUCUUCAGGACCUCUGUGACGGUCCGGGAGCAUCCAAAUGUCCCUGAGAUCCUCAAAGUCCAGAUGAUCGACCUCAGCACCAGGAUCUGCCAGAGACCAGGGGCGCAGGCCUUCAGGGUGGAGGCGGCGCUGCAGCACUGGUAUGUGACGGGUCUGCAGCAGCAGGGGGCAGUGCCCUCGCUCAUCGCCACCGUUGGAGACUCGUCUUCGUCUCUUCUCAGUGUCGUGUUCGAGCUGAACCCAGAGGAGAGCGCCGCAGACCAGCUGCUCAGAGUCCACUCCCAGCCCGUCGAGAUCAUCUACGACGCGCUGACGGUGAACAGCGUGGCAGACUUCUUUAGGACGGGGAAGGGAGUGGACCUGGAGCUGCUGACCUCCGCCACGCUCUCCAAACUGGAGGAGAUCAAAGACAAGACCGCCACAGGUUUGUCUCACAUCAUUGAGACCAGGAAGGUCCUGGACCUGAGGAUCGACCUGAAGCCGUCCUACCUGCUGAUCCCCAAGUCUGGAUUCUACAGCUCUACGUCGGACUUGAUCAUCGUGGACUUCGGCAGCUUGCAGUUGAACAGUGUGGAUCAGGGAGGUCUCAGCCCGUCCUCGUCCUCCUUCUCCUCUCUGGAGGAAAUCAUGGAUCGAGCCUACGAGAGAUACCAGGUGCAGCUGCGGCGAGUCCAGGUUCUCUACAGCAAAUCAGGUGAAGCCUGGAAGUCUGCUCGGCUGCAGGGUUCUUCAGUCCAGCACAUCCUGCAGCCCAUGGACUUCACGGUCCAGCUCGCCAACUGUAUGGUGGACAAGGACGCCAGGAUGCCCAGGUUUAAGGUGUCGGGGGAGCUUCCUCUGCUGCACGUUAAGAUCUCUGAUCAGAAAAUUCACAGCGUUCUGGAUCUGGUCAACAGCAUCCCACUUCCAAACAUGGGCUCCUCCCCCUCCACCCCCACAGAGAAGCUGCCGUCUUUGGCGGACGCUCGACCACGUGCGAUCAGCCUUCACCCCUCCCUACUGGACGCCAUGGAAACAGAUUCAGAUGAAGAUGUGAGUGAGAAGUCGACAGAUGAGGAGCACCAGCGCUCGGCUCUGGAGGAGCUCACCGACCUUCACUUCAAGUUCGAAGUCAAAGAGGUGCUGCUGGAGCUGACCCGGCAGGUGGACCAGGAGAAGACCGUCCUGUCCCUCAGUGUCUGUCAGCUGGGAGCUGAAGGGAAGAGGCGAAGCUUCGACCUGAGCGUCACAGCGUACCUGCGCAGAGUCACACUUGACUACUGCGACGUACCCGACGGACGGAGUCCUCUGCACCUAAUCAGCUCCUCAGACCUGCAGAGCUCCGAGCUGCUGAAGGUCCAGUUCAUCAAGGCCGACCCUGGCGGGCCUAGCUUCCAGACGCUGUUCAAUAACACGGAGCAGAUGCUUAAGGUGGAGUUCUCUUCUCUGGACUUCCUGCUUCACACCAAAGCCCUGCUGUCCACCAUCAGCUUCCUAAACAGCGCCGUGCCGGUGCAGCUCGCCGCCGUCCACGACCCUGACAGCAGGAAGCAGGUGGAGAAGGCCGGACGGGGCAGGACAGCAUCUAAAGGAGCCAAAGACAGCGGCGUGUUCAGCUUCAAGUUGUUCGCCGUGUUGGGCUGUUUCCAUGUGGAGGUGUGCGACGACCGCCGCAGCAUCGCCGACAUCAGAGUUCAAGGAAUCGAUGCAUCCGUGUCGAUGGCGGCCAAGGAGACGGAGGUGUUUGCCCGACUUAGAGACAUCGUGGUCACAGACGUCAACCCCAGAACCAUCCACACCAAGGCAGUAUCCAUCGUGGGCGAGGAGGUGUUCAGCUUCAAGCUGUCCCUGUUUCCAGGAGCGACGGAGGGGGAGGGGUACGCCGACAUGUCACGGGUGGACGGGAAGGUCACACUGCGUCUCGGCUGCAUCCAGAUCGUCUACCUGCACCAGUUCCUCAUGUCUCUGCUGGCUUCUUUUAGCUUUCAGUGUUCUGCUGACGAGAUGUUUGUCGAUAACUUCCAGACGGCUAAAGAAGCUCUGAGCGCCGCGACGGCUCAGGCGGCGGAGAAGGCGGCGUCCAGCGUCCGCGGCUUCGCCCAGAAGAGUUUCCGUCUCUCGAUGGACAUCAAACUAAAGGCACCGCUCAUCAUAGUGCCGCAGUCCUCCACCUCGCACAACGCCGUGGUGGUGGAUCUGGGUCUGAUCACGGUUAGAAACAGCUUCUCGCUGCUCCCAGCUGAAGGCUUCUCUCUGCCGGCCGUCAUCGAGAAGAUGGAUGUGAAGCUGACACAGUUGAAGCUCUCCAGGAGCACCUUGAAGCGAGAUUCUUCUCAGCCAGACAUCGAGAUCCUCCAACCAAUCAACUUAGAGCUGCUCGUCACCAGAAAUCUGGCUGCUUCCUGGUUAACCAAGAUCCCCGGAGUCCAGGUCCAGGGAGUCCUGCUGUCCCUGAACAUGAGUCUGGGCGAGGAAGACCUCGGCGUGCUGAUGAAGAUCCUGGUGGAGAACAUUGGCGAGGGGACCAGAGAGCACAGCAUGGACGUCAGGAGACACGUGGCUCAAGAGAGGGCGGAGCUUGCUGAGCAGCAGGUGAUGAUGUCAUCACAGAGAUCUGACAUGUUGGCCGGUGGCGGUCAGACUGAGAACACGGUCAACAUUCUGCUGAACUUUGAGAUCAAAGAGGUGCUGCUGACGCUGAAGAAGCCCCGAGACCAGAACGAGACGCCGUUCCUCGUCUUCCACGUCGCUCAGCUCGGCAUCGACACCAAAGUCCGCCAGUACGACAUGUGCGCCACGACGUUCGUCAAAAAGAUCACCAUGAAGUGCCUGGAGUUCAAAGACUCAAGCGGCGAGCCGCUGUGUCUCGUCAGCUCGUCAGUGGAGUCCGGAGCCGAGCUGCUCAAAGUGCAGUACCUGAAGGCGGACCCCUCGGGACCGAACUUCUCCACAGUCUACAAGAACACGGAACAGAUGAUCAACGUGAUGUUCACCUCUCUCGACCUCAUGCUGCACACCGAGGCUCUGCUGUCAGCCAUCAACUUCCUGUCGGCGGCACUAUCCUCUGACAGGGCUGCGUCUCCAGAGAGAGACAUCAGACCAAAGACAGAGGACAAAACGCCGUCCACCAAGUCCACUGCCUUGAUGUCACCUGCCAAAAGUGACAUCAUCGACCUGAAGGUGAUGAUGUCACUGGGAGCCUUUAACGUCCUGGUGUGCGACCAGAGCUGCAACAUGGCCGAUAUCAAGAUCCAAGGUAUUAACGGCUCUCUGCUGAUGCAAGGACCACAGACUCAGAUCUCAGCCCGCCUCAGAGACUUCAUCGUCCUCAACGUGGAUCCCAAAAGCAUCCACAAAAAGGCGAUCUCCAUCGUGGGUGAUGAGGUGUUCAGCUUCACCAUGAGUCUGACUCCGAACGCCACCGAGGGCGCCGGAUAUGCUGACACGUCGAAGACUGACGGCAGAGUGAAGCUGAACGUGGGCUGCAUCCAGGUGGUCUACCUGCACAAGUUCGUCAUGUCCCUGCUGAACUUCACCAAUAACUUCCAGAUGGCUAAAGAAGCUCUGAGCGCCGCGACGGCUCAGGCGGCGGAGAAGGCAGCAUCCAGUGUUCGAGACUUCGCCCAGAAGAGUUUCCGUCUGUCUGUAGACAUCAAGCUGAAAGCUCCACUCAUCAUCAUCCCCCAGUCCUCCACCUCCCAUGAUGCACUUGUGAUGGACCUGGGUCUGAUCACGGUGGGAAACAGCUUCUCACUGCUGCCGGUCGAUGAACGCCCGCUGCCCGCCGUCAUCGACAACAUGGACAUCCAGCUAACGCAGCUCAAACUGUCCAGGACCUGUAUGGACCCGGCCUCAAGUCAACCCAGCACCGAGCUGCUGGAACCAGUAAACCUGAACCUGAACAUCAAGAGAAACCUUGCAGCUUCCUGGUACAAGAAGAUGGUUCCGGUGGAGAUUGAUGGAGAUCUGAAGCCCAUGAAGGUGAAGCUGAGUCAGGACGACUUGAAGGUGCUGCUGAGGAUCCUGGCGGAGAAUCUGGGAGAGGCCGGCAGUCCAGAACCCCCGGCCCCGAGACAGGAAGCUGGUCUGCAGCUCCGAAUAGCCGGAGACCCCCAGACAGUUCUGGUGAGUACAGGUUCUGUCGGGAAAACAUCUGCCAGCGGCGCCGAGGAGGAGGAGGAGGAGGACGAUGUCGAGAACCUCAAGUUCAAUUUCAACAUCGAGUCUCUGGGACUGGUCCUGUACCGCCACCAGCCCACACAGUCCUCAGUUCUGCAGCACCAGGACUCUCUCCGGUUGGGGGAGUUUGCUCUCCACCUGCUGAAGACUUCGGGGAAGGUUCUGAGCGGCGGCAGUGUAGAGGUGACAACCAUCCUCGGCGCCUGCACGCUGGAUGACCUGAGGACAGGCGUGGAGAGGGUGACGUCACGGAUGGUUGGUCGCAGAGACGAGCAGAGCCCUGAGGCGAUGAUCGACGUGACGUAUCGACAGAGCGCCAUGGAGCGCGAGGUGGUGGCCGUCCUGCAGAAACUCUACCUCUGUGCCAGCGUGGAGUUCCUAAUGGCCGUGGCAGAUUUCUUCUUGCAGGCUCUGCCUCAGAGCCCUCAGACCGCCGCCCCCGCGCCCGGUGACAGACUGCCUCUGAGACAGACUGCCGAGUCGCGAGUGGACACCAAGACGGCAGCCGCAGCGCUCAGGACUCGCCUGCGAGCGGUGGUGGUGGACCCGGAGGUGGUGUUCGUGGCCAGCCUGAUGAAGGCCGACGCCCCCGCCCUAGUCACCUCCUUUCAGUGUGACUUCACCCUGCAGGCCGAGCAGGACGGGACCCAGAACAUGAGAGCCAACCUGAGGGAGCUCAAAGUCCUCGCCUGCCCCUUCAUCCGGGACCACGGGGACACGGCCGUCACCACCGUGUUGAGACCCUGCUCCGUCGCCCUGGAAACAAAGACCCGUCCGAACCAACCGCUGAGCGGCUGCGUGACGGUCGAGGAGGUCAUUGUCAAGAUCUCUCCGUUCAUCCUCAAUACGGUGAAGACGAUAACAGACGGCAUGACGGCCAAGAAGCGUGACGAGCAGAGUCAGGAAUCGCAGGUGGACGUCGGCGACCUCUGGUCGGUCAGAAACAUCUAUGACUGUAACUACUGGUUCCUGGGAGUGGACCAGGCCACAGAGGUGACCGAGAGCUUCACGGAGCAGGACGGACGCAACGAUGGCGAGAGCUUCACUGCAGAGGUCAAGGUGGUCCAGGUCACUCUGGAGUCUGGUUUGGGUCAUCGGACCGUCCCUCUGUUGCUGGCCGAGUCUUCCUUCAACGGAUCGGCCAGAAACUGGUCGUCUCUGCUGCAGCUGAGAGCCGACAUGACGCUGGAGGUGAACUACUUUAAUGAGGUUCACGCUGUGUGGGAGCCGCUGAUCGAACGAGUGGACGGCGGCAAGCGCAGAUGGAACCUGGAGCUUGAGAUGAAGAACAAUCCGGUCCAGGACAAGAGUCCUGUCCAUGGAGACGACUUUGUCAUUCUGCCUGAACCACGUACGGCCGUCAACAUCUGCUCCAAAGACACCAUGAACGUCACCGUCUCACAGUGCAGCCUCAACGUCCUGCAGAACCUCGCCAAGGCGUUCUCAGAGGGCACCGCCUCCACCUUUGAUUGCUCUCUGAAGGAGAAGGCGCCCUUCACCAUCAGGAACUCUCUGGGGAUUCCUCUCAUUGUGCAGCACAGCGCCAACCUGAGGCCGGUGGGUUCUCCUGGGCAGGGAAAACUCCACGAGCUGUCGGUUGAUCAGAGCAUGGACCUGGAGCACUCGGCGUUCGAACCGUCGUCACGAGGCAACCUGUCGGCUCUGCAGCGUCAGGAGAGCUGUCUGUUCAACCUCACCAUCGUUCCCUCCGGGUACAGUGAAAUCGCCAACAUCGCUGUAGACAAACCGGGUCGCCGUCUCUACAACAUCCGCGGUCCGAUGCUGCAGGAGGCGGUUUCUGUUCUGCUGCAGGUCGACGCCGCAGAUGGCAACAAGGUCAUCACUGUCCGCUCGCCGCUGCAGAUAAAGAAUCACUUCUCGGUGCCGUUCACCGUCCUGAAAUACUGCCCGACGUCCAGGAGCCUGCAGAGUGUCGGACAGGCCGAACCUGAGAGAGAGUUUCACAUCGCCUUGGAAACAUACAGAUGUCAGCUGUUUUUGCGCCCGGCGGGUUGCCUGGAGGGUCAGUACGGUCCGUCAUCCACCUGCGUGGCGUGGAAGGAGCAGGUGCACCGCAGCUUGGAGGUGCGCUCGGUGUUGCAGUGUCCGUCGGCGGACAGCAGUCUGCUGCCACUGAUGGUCAGCACGCUCGCCGUCCCAGACGACCUGCGACACAUCUCCAGUCACGGAGAGGAUGAAUGGGACCCGGCGUACAUCAUCCACCUCCACCCUGUGGCCACACUGCGUAACCUGCUGCCCUACACCAUCCGCUACAUGAUGGAGAGCUCGGCUGACUCGUAUGAGCUUCAGGAAGGCAGCACGUCGGACAUGCUGAACGCUCGAGUUUCGGGGGAGAUCAUGUCGCUGGUGCUGAUGAGGUAUCAGGGCCGUGACUGGCACGGACACGUUCGUAUUGAACAGGAAAUGGCCGAGUUCUUCCCCGUGUGUCUCACCUGCGACUCGGACACGAAUAUGACGGUGGAUCUGAGCGUUCACGUGACCAAAACAAAGAGCCGCCUACUUCUGUCGCUCUUCAGUCCGUACUGGAUCAUCAACAAGACGUCUCGAGUGCUGCAGUACAGAGCAGAGGACGUCAGUGUCAAACAUCCCGCCGACUACCGAGACAUCAUCCUGUUCUCCUUCAGGAAGAAGAACCUCUUCAGCAAGAGCAAGCUCCAGCUGUGUGUCUCCACCAGCUCUUGGUCUGACGGUUUUUCUCUGGACACUGUGGGAAGUUACGGCUGCGUUCGCUGUCCCGCCAGCAGCAUGGACUUCCUGGUGGGCGUCAGUAUCCAGAUGAGCAGUUUUAACCUGACCAGGAUCAUCACCAUGAGUCCUUUCUACACUCUGGUGAACAAGUCGUCGUACGAGCUGGAGGUGGGAGAAGUCACGAGUCAGACCUCCACCAGGUGGCACUACAUCUCCUCCACCGAGUGCCUCCCUCUGUGGCCAGAGAACGGUUCAGGGAAGUUGUGUGUCCGCGUGGUUGGAUCUGAAGCCACCUCCAAGUUCUUCUUCUUUAACCGGCAGGACAACGGCACCCUGCUGAGCCUCGACAUGUGCGGCGGGAUCAUCGUGGAAGUCAACAUCUCCGACCUGUCGACGGUCAUCAGCUUCAGCGAUUACUACGAAGGAGCCGCUCCGGCCCUGCUGCUCAACCACACGCCCUGGGUCACUAUCAGCUACAGACAGAGCGGCUCGGAGACGGUUCAUGAGCUGAAACCCGGCGAGGCUCGGCGGUUUGCCUGGGAUGACCCGGCUGGCGUCCGGACGCUCAGCUGGAGCUGCAUGGAGCACUGCGGAGAGCUGGACCUGCUGAAGGACGACGUGGGACAGUUCUCCUAUGACAGCCUGUCUCAGGUCCACUGGGUGACCUUCCUGGACGGACGCCAGCGUGUGCUGCUGUUCACAGAGGACGUCGCCGUGGUGACGAAGGCUCGGCAGGCCGAGGAGCUCGAACAGUUCGAACAGGAAGUGAAGGUGUCGCUGCAAAACCUCGGACUGUCUCUGAUCAAUAACGGCAGCCGGCAGGAGAUCGCCUACGUAGGAAUCACCAGCUCAGGUGUGGUCUGGGAGAUGAAGCCAAAGAAUCGCUGGAAGCCUUUCAGUCAGAAGAACAUCAUUCUGCUGGAGAAAACAUUCCAGAGUCAGCAGAGCGGAAAGACGGAGGGCGGUUGGGUCCGACUGGAGACCAACCUGGAGGUGAACCUCAGUGGAGCCACCAUGAUGAUGCGUCAGCCCAUUUCCUGCCCGGUGAGGAGGAACUUCCUGUCUGGGAUCCAGGUGGAGUUCAAACAGUCGCAGCACCAACGCAGUCUAAGGGCACAGCUGCACUGGCUGCAGGUGGAUAACCAGCUGCCAGGUGCCAUCUUCCCAAUUGUCUUCCAUCCUGUUCCACCUCCGAAGUCUAUCGCUCUGGACUCAGAGCCGAAGCCGUUCAUCGAUGUGUCCAUCAUCACUAGGUUCAACCAGCACAGCAGCGUCAUGCAGUUCAAGUACUUCAUGGCUCUGGUGCAGGAGAUGGCGGUGAAGAUCGAUCAGGGUUUCCUUGGUGCCGUCUUGGCUCUGUUCACGCCUGCUGCUGACCCCCAGGCAGACAGACAGAAGUCCCAGCUGUUAGAGAAAGACCUGCAGCUGCUGCAGACCGAGCUGAUGGAGGCGUCGCUCACAGACUCAUCAGGACUCAGCUUCUUCGAACAUUUCCACAUCUCCCCAAUCAAGCUCCAUCUCAGUCUGUCUCUGGGCUCCAGUGGGGAGGACUCUGCUCAGGAGGUGGCUGCCAUGCAGUCUUUCAACCUGCUGCUGAAAAGUAUCGGAGCCACGCUGACCGAUGUCGAUGACCUCAUCUUCAAACUGGCCUUCUUCGAGGUGAAGUACCAGUUCUACCGCAGAGAUAAGCUGAUGUGGGCGGUGAUCCGCCACUACACCGAGCAGUUCCUGAAGCAGAUGUAUGUUCUGGUUCUGGGUCUGGACGUCCUCGGAAACCCUUUUGGACUGAUCCGAGGUCUGUCUGAGGGAGUGGAGGCGUUCUUCUAUGAACCUUUCCAGGGGGCCGUUCAGGGUCCGGAGGAGUUUGCUGAAGGUUUUGUGAUCGGAGUCCGCAGCCUGCUGGGUCACACUGUCGGUGGCGCUGCAGGUAUGGUUUCCAGGAUCACAGGCUCGGUAGGGAAAGGUCUGGCAGCCAUCACCAUGGACAAAGAGUACCAACAGAAACGCAGAGAGGAGAUGAACCGACCGCCCAGAGACUUUGGAGAGAGUCUGGCUAAAGGAGGGAAAGGACUGUUGAAGGGCGUGAUGGGCGGAGUCACCGGUAUCGUCACUAAACCAGUGGAGGGAGCCAAGAAGGAGGGAGCUGCCGGCUUCUUUAAAGGCAUCGGGAAAGGUUUGGUGGGCGUGGUGGCUCGCCCGACAGGCGGCAUCGUGGACAUGGCGAGCAGCACGUUCCAGGGCAUACAGAGAGCGGCGGAGUCGACGGAGGAAGUGACUAAACUGCGUCCAGUGCGUCUGAUCCGUGAGGAUGGGAUCAUCCGUCCGUACGACCUGACGGAGUCGCAGGGCUUCGAUCUCUUUCAGCGCUCAGAGAUCAAACAGCUGGACGGUGAGGUGUUCAGAGAUCACUGUCUGUAUCCUGGACACCGCAAGACCAACAUCAUCAUCACCAACAGGAGAGUUUUGUGUGUGAAGGAGAUCGACUUCGUUGGUCAUUUCAACAAAGAGUGGGAAUGUUUGUUUGAGAACUUCUACCGUCCUCCAGCUGUGACUGGAUCUGAGCUGAAAAUCUACUGCAGGGAGCAUCAGAAGUUGAAGUUGCCAAAGAGAGACGGUCAGGAGCCGGUGAGGAAGCUUGAGCUCAAAAACUCAAACACUGCUCAGAAGCUGCAGGUGGCCAUAUCGGACGCUCAGGUGGCGCAGCAGCAGCGCCGCAUGGCGAGACAGAAGUCACAGCGUUUCCUCAAACCGAGCGACAAACAAUGACAUCACUUCCUGUUGGGACUGUUCCUUUAAGAGAUAUGAAGAGUGUUUUACAUUGAACACAGUAUAUCAGUAAUAAGAAUAUGAAUAUAUAUAUCUAGAUAGAUAUGUUAGUAGAAAUGUUUGUAAACAAACACCUGCUCAGGUGGACUCAGCCAAAGAAUGUAAACAUGAUGCUGUGAGGCAUUCUGGGUAAAACCCUUUGAUGGCUUUUUGUUUAUUUUUUUCAACAAUAAUGACUUCCUGUCACUAAAGAAUGAAUAAUUAAUCCUGAUUAUAGUCAUUUGAAUCUUUCUUAAUUAAUUAAUUAAUUCAAAUGUAUUAUUUUUAUUUGUGGUUGGUGGGUUUGAGGGUUUGUUUUCUCUGCUGGUUGUCUGAAGGCUGCACUGUCACGUGUUUGAAGCCAUAAAAAAAGUUGCACUAAAAAAUAUUUACAGUAAUUUGUGAUGAGGAUGGAGAAUGUUUACAGGUUUACUGAAUGUUUACUCUCACAAUAAACGAUUCAUUUAAUAAUUUGAUUUACCAUGUUUUUUUUAACUUUCUUUGAUCGAUCAGUAAAUCAGGUUCAAUGUUUGAUUCAGAAACAUUUUCAUUUUUAUUUUUAUAAUCUUUGCUGUAACCAAAAGUCUGUUUGUGUCUUCAUGUUGAACUUUAAGUCCUGAAUAAAUUUCUACAAGGA